UUGCUUUUAGCCCUCAUUACAGUCCUCCUUUUUGCCCUUCCACGUUCCAUCCUUCGGACAUAUAUAUAUAGCAUUACACAGAUUCAUCUUUUGUUUUGUUUGUUUCCAUUGCCAAUGCCACCUAUAUUAGAUUUCCUUGCUUUGAGGUCUUCAUUAAUAUCCCAUAUCUCUCCUCUUUAAAAAUCUCUCUUAAUGACCAAAAUGAACAGUUCUUCAAGCAAUAAACACAGACACUUCAUUAUUUCCUUGCUGUUCCUCAUGGCUACAUUCAUGGCUGCUCAAGGAAGAUCACUUUCCAUCAAAGUUGCUAAUGAGAUAGGGAAUGAACAAGACAAGGCAUUAAUGAUGAGGAAUCUAAUAGGAUCAAGACCACCAAAGUGUCAAAAAAGAUGCAGUUCAUGUCCACAAUGUGAAGCAAUUCAAGUUCCAAUCACAACACGAUCAGUACAAAACACAGCUACUGUAAUAUUUCCAAUUGCUUAUUCUAAAGGCAAUGAUAUGUCAAACUAUAAACCAAUGUGUUGGAAAUGUAAAUGUGGGAACAUGAUUUUCAAUCCUUGAAUUAAUUUCUUCAUAUUCAAGUAAUUAAAACCCAGUUUUUGUUUUGUUU